AUGAAACGACUAAAUCGGGAACAAUCUGGAAAAGGUAAUCUAGCCGGAAUCGGUUCAUCAAUUCCUCCAUCAACAGCAAUGUAUUCGGAUAGUAGCAGUGGUAACUAUAACGGUUAUCAAUUAGACAGCACCCAAAUGAUGAUUACACCAGGAAAUCACGAGACUGCAAUUCAUGAUAUGAGUAACAGUGCUGCUGCAGCUACUGCUUAUUGGAAUAGCUCAAAUUUGCCACAGCAUAAUCCGUACACUCAACUUAUGACUGGCAGUUAUAAUGGGACUAUGUUGCCGAUGCAUUCAGCUACAGAUGACGAUUACACACGUUCCCUAUCAGUUACUGCUUCCGUUGCAUAUCCGGUUCCGGUUUCCGCCUCUACAACGCCUGCAAAUGGUGAUGUUGUUGAAAUUGGCAAGUUAUACGAUAAUGAUAAUAGUAAUCCGGGUGUUAUGGUACCUCCACCAAUGUAUUCAACACAUCAUAGUACCACAUGUUAUCCACAAUAUUUUCCUUCAUAUGUGCCUCCGUUUCAAUCUGAUGAUAAACAAAUGCCGGAAAGUUUAGCAAGUUCAUAUUUGAGUGGGGCAAGUGACAUGAUGAGGCGUGAAGAUGUUGCCGCACCGCUUCAUUUCUACACUCAUCCAUUGCAGAAUGCUGGUAUAACAAAUAUUGAAGAUACAAGGAAUGUUACAGCAACCGCGCCAUUAAUUCCAACGCUGGAUCCUUAUAAUACUAUGUCACCUGUUACCGCACCAGCUACUGUUAGACCGGAUUUGGUAGGCGGCGUAGGAGUACCGGUAUCGCGUGAUCAGUUCGAUUAUACUGGUAUAUUAGGUGGUCCUGGUAGUGUGAAUGGGAUGACAUCAGCUACCUCCACAUCAUCAUUAGGUACCAUUGGAAUGAGUACACCGCGAGUUAGCACUAAGAAACGAUCAAAAAGCGUAAAAUUGGAUUCGGAUGACGAUGCAAGGUCAAAUGAUGAUCGUGAAGCUGAUCGUCGUAGUGCCAACAACGCUCGUGAAAGAAUUCGGGUUAAAGAUAUUAAUAUGGCAUUUAAAGAACUUGGUAAAAUGUGUGCUCAGCAUUUACAACAGGGCUCCGAUAAAACUCAAACGAAAUUAGGCGUAUUACAUCAAGCUGUGGCUGUCAUCACCGGACUUGAAGAGCAGGUACGUCAGAGGAAUUUGAAUCCGAAAGCAGCAUGCCUAAAAAGGAGGGAAGAAGAGAAAACUAUGCCAUCUAUGCCAACAGGGAACGAUGAUUUGAAAACACACAGUGGCGCAUUUCUACCACCACAAACAACCUUUCCGGGAACGAAUCACAUAAAUCAGUAG